CUCUCCCAUUCCCCAGAUCCAAUCGAGGCAUCCCGCCGCCCCCGCCUUCCUCUCCCUCCUGCGAUUCCAACCGCCGCCACCCCACCCCCACCCACCACCGCCGACCUCGUCUCCGCCAUGCAUCCUCUCCCCUCGACUUCCUCCGCGGCUCCAAGGCUCGGCGCUCGGCGAGGGGGAAGCGGUGAGGCCGAGGUGGAGGACGGGGAUGGGGUGCAUGUUCGACUGCUUCCGUGCGGCCGGCGACUCGCCGCGCACCGAGCGCGCCCGCGCGUAGCUCCUGUCGGAUCUAGGCUCGGCGGAGCGGAGAUGAAGAUCACGGCGUUCGUCGUGCUGAAGCCGUCGGCCGGAGGCGCCGGGGGCUCCUCCUCCAGCGGCGGGCAGGGCUCCAAGACGCUCGUGCUGGCCAACGCCACGGACGUCAGCCACUUCGGCUUCUUCCGGCACGCGAGUUCAUCGUCUUCGUCGCCCGCACCGUCGCCCAGCGCACCUAGCCUGGCCAGCGCCAAUCCGUCCAGCAUGAAGGACAAUGGAAGUCCUUUGUUCGGAGAGGGAAACCAAGUUGAAGUGCUCGUGGAGGAGGCCAAGGCGCAGUAAGACAAGGCCGUCUUCAAGGUGCUCGAUCUGGUACGAUCUUUUAACUUCGGAAGGUUGAACCUCUCACCGACGAUGACCGUCAUCGGUGAGCUGCUGGUUGCCUCGGCCUCCCGCGGCAUCUCUGACCGCCCCUACUCUUUUGACGAGCACAGGCUGCAGCUCCUAGAGAGGGUGCACGAAUGCCACUUCUUCCACCAGCGAUCCUCCCCUCUGCGCCCAGCCUGUGGAACACUUCGAAUCUUUGGAGUGGCCAAUGUCUUCCUGCAGAUGACUGAUGAGCUGAUCUUCCACCAGUGGUAGCGGGAGGUGAUGCUGGAGCAGUACAUCAAUCAGCAGAUCAUCCUGCCAUUUGGGCAGGGAGAAGCUGGGACAGCCCUAAUGCAGUAACAUCACCAUGUGGCAAAUCCAGUAGAUUGACACAAUAUUGGUGCUUGGGUGACGGGACAAAGUAUGUGUACUAGUGAUGGUACACGAUAUUCGUGCUUCUCAUUGAUGUUAUGUGUGAUCAGCUAAAAUUUGUGCUUCUCGUCCAAUCUAUGUUGAUGUGCGCUUGUGCACUUGUUGGGCCUUGAACCUUGCUGUGUAGAGGAGUCGAUUGAUGAUGUAUUGUAUUUCAUGUGAUGUGUUACUGAAAUGAAAUAUAUGAAAUAUUUUAUUAUGUUGUA